AUGGCCACCAGUAGCACCAUGUGUCGCAAGUGGACAUCGUCCCUCGUCGCGCAAUUCCUCGUUCUCUCUCCUGAACAGCUUACACCAGCCCUCAACACAUUCCCUUCCUUCAAGGAAUACACCUCAUCGCCCGGACGGUUCCGUGGCUUCUGCAGCGAGUGCGGGACAUCCAUAGCCUGGCGUUCUGCCGACUAUGCCCCUAUCUUUGAUCUCUACCUGGGCACGUUAGAUGAAGAAUGGCUGGUUGACGGAGAGACGGGAAAGACGCUGGCAGUUCCGAAUGGAACUCAGUACUGGCUCCAGAAUGCUAUCGAGGGAGUCACCGACAAACUCAAGGGUGGUAAGGAGUAUCUCACAGAAGGACCAGAUGGGCUGAGAGACCUCGAUCCUGCAUCCGAAACAAGCGAUGGACUCUUUUAG